AUAGCGAUGCCACCAACACCAACUCUACACAGUCAAUAUUCAGCUCAACAGAAAGAAUACUUUACAAGUAACUCUGUUUUCCUUUCUUUCUUUCUUGGGUUUUCUUGCAACUCCCCAAAGUUUCCAAAACCUUACCAAAAAUCCCACUUCCCUAUUGAAUAUAGUAGCAUAAUUAAGUCAAGCCCAUGUUCUGAAACUGCUUAAUUCCCAAUGCAUGCCUUUGAACUUUUGCAAUUUUUUCUACAUUUAACUUGUGUAGUUCAGAAUCACACUAAGUUUGGUAUGUUAGCUCAUCUCCUUCCCUUCCCUUCUUAACGUAUUACAAUAGCUAAUUUUUCUUUAUCCACUUUCACUGUCCCUCUCUGCACCUUCAUUCUCUCAAUGGAAUUACCUGUGAAGUCACCGAUUAACGGUGGCUGGAAAAGUUCAUAUAGACUAGAAACAAUAGAAUUAUCCUACAUGUUGUGCAGCAAGUUUGAUGAACUGAAUUGGAGUUGUUUUGGUAGGACAAUACAUGGAGCUCGUAAUAAGUUCAUUCUGAAAGACGUGUGCUGUGAAGCUAGGCCUGGAGAGGUUACUGCCAUUGCUGGUCCUAGUGGAGCAGGGAAAACCACAUUGCUAGAGAUUCUUGCCGGAAGGGUCUCCUGUGGCGAAGUGUCUGAUCGAGUUCUUGUAAAUAACAAGCCUAUGGAUGCAAAACAAUUUAGACGAUUAUCCGGGUAUGUCACUCAAAAUGAUGCCUUAUUUCCAUUACUAACAGUCCGAGAAACACUCAUGUAUAGUGCACUUCUAAGACUACCAGGAGGGAGGAAAGAAGCUGCUAAUAGAGUGAAACGACUAAUGAAGGAACUUGGACUUGACCAUGUUGCCGAUUCAAGAAUCGGAGAGGGAUCAGACUCGGGCAUUUCAGGUGGUGAAAGGCGAAGAGUUUCAAUUGGAGUUGAUUUAGUUCAUGACCCGGAUGUUGUUUUGAUCGACGAACCAACUUCAGGUCUGGAUUCAGCCUCGGCUCUUCAUGUAGUUACUCUGCUCAAAUCAAUGGCAGUUCAUCAAUGUAAGACCAUCAUUUUAACAAUCCAUCAACCUGGUUCUCGAAUACUCGAGCUGUUUGAUAGGAUUGUUUUGCUUUGCAAUGGAUUUGUUAUGCAUAAUGAUUCGUUGCAUCUCCUGGAAGAGAGGCUUAAGUUUGUCGGUCAUUACAUUCCUCGGCAUGUCAAUGUUCUUGAAUUUGCCAUUGAUGUCAUAGAAAGCUUGGAUGUACAACAUUCUGCAUCUCUCAAGCUACAUGAGGAUAACAGUAUGAUGAAGAUUGCGGCCUCCAAAUUUCAUAAAGAGAAGCUUCAUUCUUAUCCUAAUUCUGUAUCUGAGGAGGUUCUGAUAUUAGGAGAAAGAUUUUGCAGCAACAUUUUCAGGACCAAGCAACUAUUUGCCACUAGAGUAAUACAAGCAUUAGUGGCUGGAUUGGUGCUUGGAACUAUAUUCUUGAAUGUUGGAAAUAAAACAGGACAUGCUGCUUUGCAAACUCUGAUCGGGUUUUUCGCCUUCAGUCUAACUUUCUUGCUAUCUUCCACCACAGAAGGAUUGCCAAUUUUCCUGCAAGAGAGAAGAAUACUAAUGCGAGAGACUUCAAGAGGAGCUUAUAGAAUUUGCUCUUAUGUUUUAUCAAACACUUUCAUCUUUCUGCCUUUCCUUUUAAUGGUGGGUCUUCUCUACUCCACACCAGUUUAUUGGCUAGUUGGAUUAAGGAGGGAUAUUGAUGGAUUUCUUUACUAUUGUCUAGUGGUGUGGAUGGUGCUUCUGAUGUCAAAUUCUUUUGUAGCAUGUUUCAGUGCAUUGGUCCCUAACUUCAUCAUGGGCACAUCAGUGAUUGCAGGGCUAAUGGGUUCUUUCUUUCUAUUCUCUGGGUACUUUAUAUCAAAGAAGAGUAUCCCUAGUUACUGGAUUUUCAUGCAUUAUUUGAGUUUAUUUAAGUACCCAUUCGAGUGUUUCUUGAUAAAUGAGUACGGAGGAGAGCAAGGCAGCAGAAGGUGCUUAGAAUUUGAUCAUAAAGGGGGUUGCAAUUUGAAUGGAAGUGGGUUCUUAAGGCAGCAAGAUCUAAAAGAGUCACAAAAAUGGAGCAAUUUAGGUGUAAUGUUGGGUUUUAUUGUUGGGUAUAGAGUGCUAUGUUAUUUAAUUUUGUGGUAUAGAUACUAUAGAAACCGAUGAAAUUCUUGAUACAUAUAUAUAGGGAUUUCUUCAUGUUGUCAGUUUUAUUCUAUUAUUUAUGUAGGAAGAUUCAGCGAAUGUAUAUGAUCUUCAUACAUAGAUUGUCUAUUUAAUCAUAUAUGACAAUAAAUAAAUUGCUUACAUGUUUAUGCUUAGAGAAUAAAAGGAAGCUAAUAAACUCAGAUUUCUUUUUCUUUUUUAAAA